AUGGAAAGAUAUACAGACAUACGGCUGUACCCAAUAAAUAACGCGUCACAGUGGCCAUCUGUUACCUAUCGAUAUCACAAACAGUUAACAAAAACGGACUUGACUACAAGAGAAAAAUUUAAACGUGUCUUAGUUACCACUGCAAAGAUCAUUGUAUUACUUGGCCUGUUGUAUUUGUUUAUUUGCUCGCUCAGUUUUUUGGGAUCAGCUUUUCAACUUUUAGGUGGAAAAACUGCAGGUAAAGCGUUUACAUCUGACAGCUUAAUAUCAAAUCCGGUUGCCGGACUAAUGCUUGGUGUUCUAACAACCGUUCUACUACAAAGUUCAUCCACAACUACUUCCAUUAUUGUUGCCAUGGUAUCGUCGGGGCUUAUUUAUGUACAACCGGCAAUCCCAAUUGCGAUGGGUGCAAAUAUCGGAACAAGCGUAACUAACACAAUCGUUGCUAUUGGUCAAAUCGCCGACAAAGAUCAAUUUCGACGUGCGUUCGCUGGGGCUACAGUACACGACAUGUUUAAUUUGCUGAGCGUAGUCGUGUUAUUGCCAUUGGAAGUAUUAACUGGAUAUUUGUAUCGGUUAACGAAAGUAAUCAUCGAGUCCACUAUAGAUUUAACUACAGAAGCGCACGAAGAAUACAAAAAAGACCUGCUCAAAGUCAUAACUAAGCCUUUUACAAAUAUAAUUAUUCAACUGGACAAAAAGGUAAUUGAGGCAAUAGCUACAGGCGAUGAAUCUGCCAAUGAAAAAUCUUUAGUGAAAUAUUGGUGCGACAAAGGCGUGAAAGUUAACAUGACAGCGCUAGCUAAUGUCACGACGACCAAAAACAUCACGUCAUUAAUGAAUGUGACAGUUAGUGUCAACGUCACUGUACUAACAAAUGUCACACAAUGGAAGCUGGUGCACAAAGAACCAUGUAAAUUCCUCUUGCACGGCACUGGACUUUCUGACACUAUAGUCGGCGUCAUUAUGCUUGUCAUCGCUUUGGUAAUUUUAUGCACGUGUUUAGUUUUUAUGGUCAAGACAUUAAACUCUCUUCUCAGCGGGCAUAUUGCAAUGGUGAUUAAAAAGACAUUCAGUUCGAAUUUUCCAAGACCAUUUGGAUUUUUAACAGGCUAUGUUGCCAUUUUGGUGGGAGCAGGUAUGACAAUGCUUGUACAGUCAAGUUCAAUUUUCACUUCAGCCUUGACACCUUUAGUUGGUCUUGGUAUCGUUCCAUUAAAGAAGGUUUAUCCAUUAACAUUGGGUUCAAAUAUAGGUACAACCGCUACUAGUAUCUUAGCUGCAUUAGCAUCGGUAGGGGACUUAAAGCUUUCACUUCGCAUAGCGUUAUGCCAUUUGUUUUUUAACAUUUCUGGUAUACUGAUUUGGUAUCCUAUACCCUUCAUGCGAAAAGUUCCGAUAAACCUGGCGAAAAAACUCGGUAAUACGACUGCUCAAUAUCGUUGGUUUGCAAUUGCCUAUCUGAUAAUCGUAUUUUUUAUACUACCGACGACAACAUUCGCCUUAUCGUUAGCAGGAUGGCGGAUUUUUGUCGGAAUAAUGGUCCCCGUUGCCUGCCUUUUGGUGUUUAUCAUUAUCGUAAAUAUCCUGCAAGCAAAGAAAAAACAUUUUUUACCAAAAAUAUUCCAAAGUUGGGACUGGGCACCACUGGCAUGCCGUUCUCUGGAGCCUUAUGAUAAACUUUUAACCCGAAUAAGGAAUUUAUGUAAACGACAGCCAAGCGAGUUGGAGCCGAAAAAAUUGACGGAAACAUACAGCUGCGACGAUAUUGCGAAAAAAGAGUUAAAAGACAUUUCCUAAAAAAGAAUCCGAUAUGAGA